AUGCCUUUGCAGCAAAUUAUCAACAUCACCUGGCAGCACAAUAACGGCGGCACCGACAAGCUUUCUAGGUGGAUCAGAUGUCUCUUCUCAUUGGCUCUUUCGGAAAGAGACAUAGCGGUGCAGCUUCUCGACCAAGCUGUGACUAUCGCAGAAGACGCGAGAAAGGUGAGAGACUCAACUCCUUCGAUAUGUAGUUCGGAUGACCUGAUACAGGUGAUUUCGUCACCCUUACAGCAGUCAAAGCCGUAUCCACCAGAAGAACUCGAAUGGCUUGCAACAACGACCUUCAAUCGCGCAAUUGACUUUUAUUGUACUUCGCAAGAUGUGCCGUGCAGGCUUUGGGCUGAGAAGGCACUGGCGCUGUCGAAUCUUUGUGAGGAUGGGGGAGCUUUGCAUGAGGUACUCCAACAGAAGUACCAAGGACUGUCGUGGCAUCCAUGA